UUUAAAGUUGCUAGUAGAAACGAGGACGCCAUUAACAGGUGCUCUUGUUUGUAAACAUGCCUCCAAAGAAAAAAGGCAAAGGAAAAAAGGGAAAGAAGGGUAAAAAGGGGAAGAAGGGGGGAAAGGGUGGUGAUGAAGCCGGCGCAGGGGGAGGAGAAGUUACGGCUUCCGAACCUAAUGAGAAAGAGACGAUGCUAAAAAAUGAGUUAGAGAAAAUCACCAAAGAGCUUGAAAAUGCAAAGAAGAAUGUAGAAGAUUUACGAAAGGAAAACGAAUGGCUACAACAAGAGGCACAGAAAGUUAGAGUGGAAAGUCAUGAAUACAUGAGCUACAUGGAAAAGAAGACCACCAAACGUCAGACAACGAUUAUCACGCUGAGUGAUCAUAACAAGCAAGAGAUUCGUAACAUUCAGCUUCAACGAGAAGUCAUGGAGGAAGAAUUCAAUGAGCGCGAAAAUGAGUUAAAGAAUCUAUAUCUAGAAAAACAGAAUCUGCUGACAAAAACUACUCAAGAGCUUGGAGAGCUAGGUUCAUAUAAGAAAUUACAAACGGAGCAGACAAAGAGUAUCCAGAACCUUGAAAAGGAAAUUCAGAAGCUGCGUUCGAAGCAUUCGGAGACGAUACAGCAGCUCAAGGCGCAGUUCCUGAAGGACAAGCGACGCUACCAAGAGGACUCCGAGAACAACAUCAACACGCUGCAGCGGGAGGCUAACAAAAAAGCCAUAAUGUCAUUGACAAGCCACACAAACAGCAUCAAGACGGAGAACCGGCAGCUUCGUAAGGAGCUCCUGGAGCUCAUUCGGAAGACGCGCGCGCUACAGGAGCACAAGGCGGAACUAGAGGACCAGCGACGUCAGCUGCUCCGGGAGCAGCAAUACUCGGACGAUCUCAAGAAGCUGCGCACCACCCGACAGCACAAGGUUUUCAAGUCGUUCGGACUCUUGGGCGAAAGCGAGGGGGAUGGUGACGAGGCAAGCGAGACGAAAUCGCGGUCAGCGUCCAGCGGGUCUUAAGCAAUGAAGCAUUUGCAUUCAUAUUUAUACUUACAAGUUAAUUAUAAUUGAUUAAUAUUAUAAUAAAUCAUUAU